AUGUCAUACACUCAUUGGUCAAGCCACUGCAGGCAGUUCCAAUACAUCAACAACCAUUCCCAUUACACUGAUGUCUCCAAAUCAAACCUGCUAUCACUGUCAAAUCAUUGGAUGUCAAUUUCAAAUAUCCUUGGCAGUAUGGAAAGAUAUGCAACAAUACACCCCCCACCUUGUCCCUGUGUAAUGCAUGGAGACCUCAACAUCCACCACUAUGGUAAUAAAAAGGUCCAGAUCUGGUUGAGGGAAGGGGAUCAUUGGAUAGCUGAUGUAGUGGAUGGCCAUCAUCACCCAAUGCUGCCAGACUAUCGCCUCUUCAUUGCCAAUGGCACAGAGCCCACCUGGGUAACAAAGAAAACAAGGUUGACCUACAAAGGGAGCUUCCACAGCCAACAGAAAGAUCCUAAGGAGGACUGA